AUGAAGAAGUUCCUGCUCGAGCGAGGCCUCCGACCACGCUCAGACUUCUCCAAAGCCGUCGGGAUUGAAACACCUGCCACCUUGGACGAAUUCUUCCUCAAGGCUCAAGCAUUCAUACAAUACGAGGAAAAAGAGGCCGCUCAUGCAGUCCGCAACUCGAGACAAGAAGAGAACACCAAAGGUGCUCGCCAGGACGAUGCUCGCCGAGGGACUGACAAGAAAAAAGACGACAAAGGGCGAGACCCGAAAGACUAUAAAGCGCCAGCAGGGAAGUUUCGAGAAUACACCCCACUGAACGCAUCCCGGGAAUGCAUCUUGAACGAGUGCGCCAACGCAGAGUUCCAAACGGGCAAAGUCUGCUUCCCUAAAACCAUGCCCGCGCAGCCGAACGUGGACAAAUCGAAGUUCUGCCGGUUCCAUAAAGGCCACGGGCACAACACAGAAGACUGUAUUCACCUGAAAGACGCGAUAGAGAUACUGAUCCGAGAAGGACACUUCCCUGACUGGGCCGGGGGAUCUUCCACCCUUUCUACUUACAGCCCGUGGGAAUUUCCCCCUUCUGCCAUGGUCAUCUCCAGGGGAGGAUUCAGCAAACUCACCGUCGGAUCCGUAAAACGAAAAUUCGACGAACUAAUCUCGGCAAGUUCGAGCAAAGCCGCUACCCUCGACCUAGCCAAAGGCGGCCCAUCCUCCAUAUCUUUCUACAAGGAUGAACUGCCCGGUGGAGCGCCCAAUGCAACCAUCCCCCUCCUUAUUCGAGCUCGGAUGGCCAACUUUGACGUACGCCGCAUUUUAGUUGAUCAAGGUAGCUCAGUGGACAUCAUGUACUCCCAGUUAUUCAAGACGCUGCAACUGGACGACAGCCACCUCACCUCCUACGUAGGAUCCGACCUACAAGGUUUCAACGGCACCGUGACUAAACCACGGGGUUUCGUCGAGCUCAUCGUCUCGAUCGGUUUGGCAGAGACCGCAAGGGCCGUCAAAGUCCAGUUCCUGGUCAUUGAUUGCCCUUCAAUCUACCAGUGCAUCUUAGGGCGCCCGACGCUGGCCGAAUUAAUUGCAGUCCCCUCGAUCGUGCAUCUUAAGCUCAAGUACUACACAGCCAAAGGGCAAGUUGCAACGCUCAACGGCGACAUCGAAGCGGCCAGAAGGUGUUUCGAAGCCUCCGCCAAAGGACUCAGCUCCAUAAAAGCUGCCCAGGACAAAACAACAUGCAUUGCGGGCCCCGAGCCCAACAAACCUAUGCCCCGCAUUGACACCAUCGACCUGGAUAGCCGCUUCCACAAAGAAUCUGAAAGAAAAACAGACACGAAGACACCAGAGGAGGGUCUCUGCCUGAUCCCCGACGGAGACUUCGAACUGAUAGUCCUCGGCAACGACCCGACCAGAGGCGUUAAAGUCGGUACAGAUCUGCCCGAACUAGCCAAAAGGCAACUCAAGGCCUGCCUCAGAGAGAACGCCGACCUCUUCGCAUGGAGCGCGACCGAGAUGCCCGGCCUCGAUCCAGAAGUAGCAUGCCACCACCUGACGAUCGAUCCCGAGUGCAAAGCCGUCGCCCAGAGGAGGAUAAAGUAG